GGAACUGCCACACAGUGCAGAUAAUAUCUCUUUACUUGACAGGAUCGCGAUGAACAAAAAAGAGAGAGAACUUAGUAUCAAGAAUAGAUACAUAUGACAAUGAAUUCCUAAGCAUAAUGUUCCCCUUUGUUCUAUUAUAAACAACGUUUACCUAUAAUUUAUACUCGAACCAUUGGCUAAUUCUUUUAUAAGAAGCACCUUCAUCUAUUUAAAUCUCAGCCUUAUUUUUCUUUUUUCUUCAAGAUGCUAUACAGUGAGAACCCAGACUGGAAAGACAUUACGCCUAUACCCCAAGACGACGGACCUAAUCCAUUAGUGCCGAUUGCUUAUUCUACUGAAUAUAAGGAUGCUAUGGAUUACUUUCGUGCUGUCAUUCACGCAAAUGAAAAGUCAGAACGCGUAUUACAGUUAACACAAGAUAUUUUGGAAAGAAACCCUGCUCAUUAUACUGUCUGGAAUUACAGACAAGAUGUAUUGUUUGCAUUAAACAAAGACUUGGAUGAAGAACUUGAUUACAUUGACGAGAUUGCUGCUGAUCAAGCAAAAAAUUAUCAGAUAUGGCAUCAUCGACAAAUUAUUGCUGACAGAUUAAACAAGGGGGAUCGAGAAUUAAACUUUAUUAAUUCUAUUUUGGAAGAUGAUCCAAAGAAUUAUCAUGGAUGGUCAUACAGACAGUGGGUAGUAAAGAGAUUUAAUCUAUGGGAAAAGGAAUUGGCGUAUACAAGCGAUUUGAUCAUGUUUGAUGUAAGAAAUAACUCUGCUUGGAACUACAGAUAUUAUAUACUGUUUGAAAAACCCACAAAGCCAACGGAAGAGGAAAUCAAACAAGAGAUCGAGUUUUGCCACAAGCAUAUCCGUCUUGCACCCAACAACCCAAGUAGUUGGUCGUACUUGAAAGGAAUAUAUGAAGCUACGAGGACACCUUUGGAUACCAUUGAACCCUUUUUGAAGGAAUUGGUUGACUCACUUAUUGAGUCACCUUAUAUCCUAUCAAUGUAUAUUGAUAUAUAUGAAAAACGCGCUAAAGACUCAAAAACACAAGUGGACCAGGCUGCACUAGACAUGUGCGACAUCUUGGCUUCAAAGCAAGAUGCAAUCAGAGAGAAAUAUUGGGCAUAUAAAAAACAAAAGCUAAUGGCCAUACACGCUUAGCUCUUCUUGAUUAUGAUCUACUGUUAUUAAAAUGUAUGAUUCAACCC